AUGUAUUUAGAUGAUGGAUUUGGCACCCAUUCUGAUAUUAAUUCGUGUACAGAUAUUGCCGCACAAGUUAAACAAGAUCUUAUUGAUAGUGGGUUUGUACCCAAGGUUGAAAAAUCCAUGUGGUCUCCCAGUAAAACAUUGAUAUAUUUAGGCUAUUUUAUUGAUACAGACAAAGCUAUUCUGAGCAUACCAGUUGAUAGACUGUCAAAAUUGUUUGAUACCAUAAUACAAGUUGAACAAUCUUUAAGAAAUUUAGGUAAAGUUUAUGUGAGAACUGUAGCUUCUGUUAUUGGCCAGAUUAUAUCCAUGUCGUAUGUCAUAGGAAAUGUGGCUUAUAUUAUGACUAAAUAUCUUAGUAUUGAUGUAAUGUCAGCUUGUUCUUGGAAAUCUUAUAUUGAACUUUCGGUUCAAAGUAAAGAGCAGCUUAUAUUCUGGAAGAAAAAUAUUAAAUGUAUUAAUUUUAAACAUUUUGUAUCCGAUUUUUCGUGUCACACUAUUGUUUAUAGUGAUGCUAGUGGCACUGGAUAUGGUGGAUUUACAGUAGAAAAUCCUAAGAAUAUUGCUCAUGGUAUGUGGCAUGAAAACGAUGUACAUCAUAGUUCUACUUGGAAAGAACUUACGGCUGUUAAAUGUGUAUUUCAUUCUUUGAUAGAUUUUAUGAGAGAUAAACGCAUUAAAUGGUUUACGGAUAACCAAAACGUUGUUUCAAUUGUUCAUAAAGGCAGUAUGAAGCCUUAUUUGCAAGAUAUUGCAUAUGAUAUUUUUGUGACUUGUUUAAAGUUCAACGUGUCCCUAGAGGUUGAAUGGAUACCCAGGGCUGAGAAUGAAAUUGCAGACUAUAUUAGUCGUAUCAUAGACGCUGAUGACUGGGGUGUUGCAGUACACGUUUUUGAAUAUUUGGAUUCCCUGUGGGGACCUCAUGAAAUUGAUUGGUUUGCCAGUGAUCAUAACCAUCGAUUACCUGUAUUUUACUCCAGGUAUUGGAAUGUACAUUCAAUGGGUAUUGAUGCGUUCACUGUCAAUUGGCAAGGUAUAAAUGGGUGGUAUGUUCCCCCAGUUUGCCUAUUAUUGAAAGUCCUUAUGUACAUGCAGCAGUGCAAUGCAUAUGGUACUGUUAUUUUACCUUUGUGGAGAUCGGCGAAUUACUGGCCGUUUUUGUGUCCCAAAGGUGAUAGAUUUAUUGAUCAGGUGUUGGGUUUCUAUUACCUACCUACUAACAAAGCUAACUUUUUACCUGGUAGAGGGAAUAAAUCAGUUUUUGGUAAUAUUGAUUUACCAUUUAAGGUGUUGGCUCUUAGAAUGGAUUUCAGGGAGAUAUUAAUUAACAAUUAG